UCCCCGCACACCUCCGUCCAGCGUAACGUUAACCUACUAUGUGUGUGAGUGCACGAGAGAGAUCGAGUCUUGUUUACAACGGAUUCAGAUCGCAGGAUUUACUCCACGAGUCCACAUCAUUCACAUCUCCCAAAUCAACACAGAUCCCGGCCUGCAAACCUCGUGUGUAGCGCUGCUUAAAGGAUACAUGAAGCGGUCAAAUCUCAGACUGCGUCGGGUGGGAGGCUGAGGAGAGACCAUUUUAAAUCCUGCUCGGAUAUUAUUUGCCAUCUUUCUGAGUUUAUCCACCGAUUUCAGGCCUUUAGGACGCGCUGGAUACGCACUAUAAUAGAUCACACACACACGCGUGCGCGCUGGUUUUAGUCAGCGGAUCUAAACUGGUUUCACUGGACUACAGCUAAAACCAGUCAACAGGGAGAUCUGCAACGUGUUAUUUUUUUACUGGAAAUGGAUUAUCGAAAUGCGGAUUUGGACUCCUUCAGGCGUUUUCCCGGGUUAUUUGCGCUUAUAUCGGCUACUAAAUAAUACGAAUUAAAUCCCGAGUGCGCAAGAACCAGCGCGGGCGAAUCCGCCUCAUGGUGAAGCCGGAGCGGUGUGCGUCUGUUGGAUCGCUCGUCGUCGUCGGGGCGUCUAGAGGAAUGAGGUGUAGCAGACUGAAGAGACACUGGACCUUGUGUUGUGGUCUGGUGCUGGUCCUGUCUGCUCUGUGCCAUGGAGAAAUCUGUGGUCCUGGCAUUGACAUUGGAAAUGACAUCAAUAACUUUAAGCAUCUGGAGAACUGUACGGUGGUUGAGGGCUACCUGCAGAUUCUUCUCAUCGGAGACAAAAACAAUAACAAUCGAGAGGUCUUCCGCACCCUCAGUUUCCCCAAGCUGACCAUGAUUACGGAUUACCUUCUCCUCUUCCGCGUUUCUGGGUUGGACAGCCUCAGCACCCUCUUCCCAAAUCUCACUGUCAUCCGGGGCCGCAACCUGUUCUACAACUUUGCUCUGGUGAUAUAUGAGAUGACCAGCCUGAAGGACAUCGGCCUGUACAAUCUGCGAAACAUCACGCGCGGGUCCAUAUAUAUCCAGAGGAACCCUGAGCUCUGCUACUUGGAUUCUGUGGACUGGUCUCUCAUUAUGAAUGCUGACUCAAAAAAACAAAAUGAGCAUUCCAAAGAGUGUGGAGAUAUCUGUCCUGGAAUCAUGGAGGAUAACCCUCAGUGCAUCAAGACGAACUUCAACGGCAAUUCCAAUUACAGAUGCUGGACCUCCAGCCAAUGUCAGAAAGUUUGUCCAGAGAUUUGUGGCCAGCGAGCGUGCAUGGACUCGGGUGCGUGCUGUCAUCCUCAAUGUUUGGGAAGCUGCACAGAGCCUGACAAUGACCGGGCGUGUGCCGCCUGUCAACAUUACUUCCACGAGGGACGCUGUGUUGAAAACUGCCCAGCUGGCACCUACAAAUUUGAGGGUUGGCGCUGCAUCACCAUGGACCUGUGCUCCAAGGUUCACCUGUCAGAUUUCGAUCGAUUUGUGAUCCACGAGGGAGAGUGCAUGUCUGAAUGCCCACACGGCUUCGUACGUGAAGAAAACCAGAGCAUGUUCUGCACCGCCUGUGACGGCCCGUGCGAGAAGGUCUGUGAUGAAAAGGUCAUCGACUCGGUGGACGCGGCUCAGUUGUUCAAGGGCUGCACCGUUAUCAGAGGCAACCUGCAUAUCAACAUCCGGCGUGGCAAUAAUAUAGCCUCUGAGUUAGAGCAGUUCCUCGGCCUCAUCAAGACCGUGACGGGAUACGUCAAGAUCCGUUCCUCUCACACCUUGAGCUCUCUCCAUUUCCUCAAAAGUCUGAGAUACAUCAACGGCGAGGAACUCUGGGAAGAUACGUACGCAUUUGUGGCGUUCGAUAACCAACACCUCCAGUUUCUGUGGGACUGGUCUGAGCACAACCUCACCAUAUUGGCUGGAAAACUGCACUUCCGCUCUAACCCCAAGCUCUGCAUGUCCGAGAUCCACAAAAUGUGGGUCCACACCGAAAUUAAGGAGAAGUUUUCCGAAGAAGAUUUCAGCAAAAAUGGAAACCUUGCAAGCUGUGAAAGUAAGAGCCUGAAGAUCUUGUCUAACAGCACGAAAAGCAAUCAGAUUAGUCUGACGUGGGAACGAUAUCGAGCACCUGAUUCCAGAGACAUUGUCAGUUUUGUCGUCUACUACAAAGAAGCGCCUUUCCAGAACAUCACAGAGUUUGAUGGUCAGCAAGGCUGCGGAACGGACAGCUGGAACAUGAUCGAUGUGGACUUACCAGAGAAUGAAACCCAGAACCCAAGCGUUCGUUUGUCCUCCCUGAAGCCCUGGACUCAGUUCGGCAUUUUCAUUAAAGCUGUAACAUUAGGUGUGGAGCACAAAUACAGGCAUGAGCUCAGUGCCAAGAGUGAGCUGGUGUACAUCCGGACUAAAGCAUCAGCCCCCACGAUGCCUUUAGAUAUCCGUGCCUAUUCUAACUCCUCAUCAAAGCUGGUGGUCUGGUGGUCUCCGCCUGUGUCCCCCAAUGGAAAUAAUACUUACUACCUGCUGCGCUGGAAACAGCAAGCGGAGGAUCGUGAACUCUACCAGCACAACUACUGCUCUAAAGAACUGAAGAUCCCGUUCAGAAAGGCUACGGGUUUGACAGAUGCAAAGGAUGCAAAACCCACUAAUCCUGAAACAAAGGGAAGGGACAAAACGCCCUGUUGUCCGUGCCCUAAAUCAGAAGAGGACUUGAAGGCCAUUGAGGAAACUACCCACUUCCGCAAAGCCUUCGAAAACUUCCUCCACAAUGCCAUAUUCACACCCAGGCCUCCUGACAGACGACGGCGAGAUCUGGUUGGCAUCGCCAACUCAUCUUUCCUCCACGGCCUUACACCGGGAAACUGGAACGUGACAGCGGGAAACUUUUCGGAGAACGUGCCACACAGGCGUGAGUUCCCCUUUCACGAGAGGAAGGUGAGGGAGAAGACCGCCGACAUAACCGGCCUGCAACCCUUUACGGUUUACCGAAUUGACCUGCACGCUUGCAACGACGAGGUGCACCACUGCAGCGCGGCCACGUUCAUCUUUUCCCGUACAAAUCCGGCAGAAAAAGCAGAUGACAUUCCUGGCCCUGUGACCUGGGAAGGUUUGGACGAUUCAGUGUUUCUGAAGUGGCCCGAGCCGCACAAACCCAAUGGCCUGAUCCUGCUGUAUGAGAUCCAGUACCGCCUGGGAACCGAGCACGAAAAGCACGAGUGUGUAUCCCGCCAACACUACAGAGAGUACAAAGGAAUAAAACUCUCUAACCUAGGACCUGGGAAUUAUUCGGCUCGUGUGCGAGCCACUUCCCUCGCCGGGAACGGAUCGUGGACAGAACCCAUAGCUUUCUAUGUACUUCAGGUCCAACAACCAGGUUAUGAACACAUUCUCUACUUUAUGAUCAUCCCCAUCGUCAUGAUUUUCGCCGUCUUCAUUGGAGUGGCCUUCAUCCUGGUCAAUAAGAAACGAAACAGUGACAGGCUUGGAAAUGGGGUCAUAUAUGCUUCUGUUAAUCCAGAAUACUUUAGUGCUGCAGAAAUGUACGUGCCUGAUGAAUGGGAAGUCGAGCGAGAGAAAAUCACAUUGUGCAGGGAACUCGGGCAAGGAUCUUUCGGUAUGGUGUACGAGGGCAUCGCCAAAGGUGUCGUCAAAGACGAGCCGGAAACCAAGGUGGCCAUCAAAACGGUGAACGAGUCGGCUAGCAUGCACGAACGCAUCGAGUUCCUCAAUGAAGCGUCCGUAAUGAAGGAGUUCAACUGUCACCAUGUGGUGCGUUUGCUGGGCGUGGUCUCACAGGGUCAGCCUACUCUGGUGAUCAUGGAGCUGAUGACACGUGGAGAUCUGAAGAGUCAUCUGCGCUCGCUACGCUCAAAAGAGAGCCCCUCCAGUCUGCCUCUGCCACCACUGAAGAAGAUGAUUCAGAUGGCAGGAGAGAUCGCCGACGGCAUGGCUUAUCUUAAUUCCAAUAAGUUUAUUCACAGAGACCUGGCAGCCAGGAAUUGUAUGGUGGCCGAGGAUUUUACAGUCAAAAUUGGUGAUUUUGGCAUGACACGGGACAUUUAUGAGACCGAUUACUAUAGGAAAGGCGGCAAGGGACUGCUGCCGGUACGAUGGAUGUCUCCAGAGUCCCUCAAAGACGGAGUCUUCACCACCAUGUCAGAUGUUUGGUCCUUCGGGGUGGUUUUGUGGGAAAUAGCCACACUGGCUGAGCAGCCCUAUCAAGGCAUGUCCAAUGAACAGGUCCUGCGGUUCGUCAUGGAUGGAGGACUGUUAGACAAACCAGACAACUGUCCCGAUAUGCUGUUUGAGCUGAUGCGCAUGUGCUGGCAGUACAACCCCAAAAUGCGGCCGUCCUUCCUUGAGAUCAUCAGCAGCAUCAACGAAGACCUGGAUCCAGGCUUCAAGGAGACCAGCUUCUUCUACAGCGAGGAGAACAAACCUCCCGACACCGAGGAGCUGGACAUGGAGAACGUGGAAGCCAUGGAGAACGUUCGUCUAGAGCCGUCCUCCAGUCUUCAACCCCUCACCUCCUCCCAGCAGUGUUCUCCCGGACCCCAGGGCUCGGUUAGCCCAGCCGGCCCGUCUUCGCCGCAAUCCUCCCCCUGCUCCACAGAUAAACGCUCGCUCCCGGCGUCCACGUCGAACGGACCCUCCAUGGUUCUCCGGAGUCCGUUUGAUAAGACUCAGUCUUACGCUCACAUGAACGGAGGCCGUAAGAACGAGCGCGCGUUGCCUUUGCCCCAGUCGUCGGCUUGCUGAUCGGCAGCGCGUUUUAUUGACACUCGGACGCGUUUCUUUGUCUGUCAAGCCACUGUGUGGUCACCUGAAACAAAAAUGAUAAAAACUGAAAGAGACGAAGAAGAUAUAAACUAAGAGUUCGGGAAAUCGGACUGGAUCACUGACUGAAAAAUCGUACAUCUUCAUUCUCGCACCUGAUAGGCUGACCGUUUUUGGUACGUUUUGAUGGCCUAUCAGAGCUAACAGUGGUACGAUGAUAUUACACACACACUCUUCAUAUCUUUAAGUCGAUGGUAAGCACUUGGUCUUUGUGUUUUCAAAGACAUGCGUCUAAAUUAUAUAGUUUAUAUUAUAGAGUUCCUUUUUUGCCCAUAUUCGAUGAAUAUGGCCGUGUGAACUUAAACUUUGGUACGUAUGUAAAAUCUCUUGACUUCCACACGCUAACCAUAUCAUCUGGAUGGGCAGCAUAGUAGAUAAUCUGAGACUUGCCAAAAUCUAGUUUGGGUUGCCAAAUCUUGUUUUAUCCCCUCUAUCUCGGUAUAAUUUUGUGACUGCGACACUUGGGGUGUUUGUUUAACACUGCUUUAUCUUUCGAAGCACCUUCUUCAAAGUACAAUCGAUAGAGAGUUAGUUCUCAAUGAAACCUCAUUGGUUUUUGUUAGAUGCAUUUCACACAACGAACGAAAAGUAACGUGAAACGAUGCAAAACUUUAAAAAAAAAUCACAAAUAAAAAGGGAUUAGGCACAUCUCUUGACUGCUCUUAGAUGUAUGUUGGACCGAAAGUCACUUUUGUACCUUUUUACACUUCAGCUGAUCAUCUGUACGUCUUUGCUGGAAAAGUUGUUAAGCUGCUAUUUUAUUCUUGUCUUUCUUUCAUGGUUUAUAUAUAUAUAUAAAUAUAAAUAUAUGGAGGUUUAUAAUCCCUUGCGCCUUUCCACUUCAGUCCAUGAUGUUUGUAGUUCUGCAAAAAGAAGAAUAGGAAGAGAUUAAAAGAAAUUUAAGGUACAAUAGUUGAGUUCUGCCAUGUAAAGUUGUGUUUUUUGAUAGAUUUUUCUAAAAGCCUGCGAGUUAAAGAGCUUCUGUGUUUUUCUUCCAUUAUUGAUGGCAAACGUCACUGUGUCUUUAUCACGUUAAUGGCUGACAGAUUUUCUCAGGUCAAACUCAAGGUUUUGCUUUCGGAGCCGUUCUGUGUUUUCCAGUCAUCCAUUCCUCUGUAAAAAGUUUGGUCACACAUAUUCAAGCGAUGUAGACUGAAAUACAUUUCAUUAUUAAAAUCUAUAAACUCAGAUCCUACUGUUUUCAAAUGUUACUCUUCAUCUUCCGAUCAGACACGGAUAUGACUGAGCUUUUCUCUAUGCAGACGUUGUGUUUGCUUAUUGAACACAUUUAUGAUACAGGUUUGACUGAGCGCCAGUUUUUUGAGAAUUUUUUUUUUUUUGUACAGAACUGUCACUUUUUCUUCCCCGAUCCUUUUAUUUUCAUUAUUUAUUUUCUUUUUUGUUUUAUGUUUGUAAUCACUCCCGCAAACCCCGAUCAAAUGUAACUUUUAGAUAUUUUUAUAUGCUUUCUUCAUGACUUGUUUUUCUUUUUCAGACAUUUAUCUACCUCACUGUUUUUUUAUGUACCUGUAUAUAAAGUACCUUUUCAUCCGAAGGACAAUAUAACUGCUGGUCAAACGCUCAACCUUGGAGUGGAAAAAAUUAUGGACAAUUUUUACGAACGGCUGCUUUCUUUCCUAUCGGAUCUCGCUUCGAUUUGUUUAUUAUUUAUUUGUGAGAUUAAAAUGCUUACAGGUCUGA